AUGACAAUUACACCAGAAACUCGUGUUUUCGCCGGCGUCACUCUUAUUGACACUCCGAUUGUACGGGCAGCAUUGGAAUUUGCCCGGGCCCAUCAUGAUUCGAUGUCAUUUCAUCACAUCUAUCGCUCCUGGAUCUUUGGAGCCUUAAUCGCUUCGAAAAUCCCGGCAUAUGAGAGUGUAGACUUCGAAGUCCACGCCAUGUCAGCCAUCCUUCAUGAUCUGGCAUGGGAUUAUACCAGUGUCUAUGCAACAAAUGACAAACGUUUUGAAGUUGAUAGUGCGAAUGCCGCCCGUGAAUACUUGAAGCGCGAAGUACCGGAAUUCGACCAGCGACAGCUGCAGAUUGUUUGGGACAGCAUUGCGCUGCACACCACCCCCAGUAUUGCCCAGCAUAAGGAGAUGGAAGUUGCUCUCUGUCAAAUGGGGAUUACUGGAGACUUUUUGGGCUCUGGUCUACCUGGUGGUCUAAUCACAAAAGAGGAGCAUAGUGCUGUUGUCAAAGAGCUGCCACUGCUCGAUUUCAAAGACUCGGUGAAGAACCUUCUUUGUGCAUUGUGCAAACACAAGCCUGAGACAACAUAUGACAACUUUGUGAGGGACUUUGGAGAGCGUUUUGUGGAUGGGUAUUCUAUGGAAUCGAAGACCUCUGUUGACAUCUUGAUGAGACCGCUGGAUUGA